AUGGGGUGGGCGCACCCGGCGGUGGCCAUGGAAGAGGUGCUCCAUCUGGUGCGGGGUUUCGUGGACGUCCUUGUCCUUGCCGGCGGUCGCACCUCGUCCGGCGCCGCCGCUACUUGGAGCGACGACGAGGUCAAGAAGGCCCUUCGGUGGGCACUCUUCUUCGAGGAGAUUUUCAAGGACCUGCGUGACUCGGGCCAGUACGAGGAUUCUGCAAGGGAGCUUGAUGCGGCACUCGUUGAGCUCACUUCAAGUCCCGAGUUCCCUAAGGGUCUUGCUGUUGUGCGUUCAGAAAUGCUUUCCAUGGCAAGGGUGUUGGUUAUGCGACAUUUUCUGAAAGCAAAACCAAUGAGCGUGGAAAACUUUGGUGCUCUUCUUGAAGCGGUUGUUGAGAUGGAUAUUGAUGGCAUUUGUGCUAGUGGUGCGCACAACGCAUGCCAAGAGUAUGCUGAGUCAAUAUUGAAUACGAAUUUGUCAUGUUCUGCGCAUACCAUGAAUGCUCGUGAUGGUGGACUUCCUACUAGUUCUGAUGAACUGCAUGCAGAAUCCACGGGCCACUCACGGAUUAUUGUUAAAGAAUUUCAGAAAAUGCUGGAUUCGACAUCGUGUGCUUAUUUGGCUGAGAGAGGACUGGAAACACUUUUGAACAGUGUGAAAAGAAACAGCUUCGAUGAUGGUAGUAAUAUGCCAUGUGCCCCAGCAAUUUUGAAGUCAAGCUUGUUCCAGAUAUACCUUGCUCAAAUAGAUAAGCAAUUUCAUGAUGCUACUCCUGCAGAUCGAAAGUGUAAGUGCAGAGGAGAUGAAAUAGAUCAGCAUCGUAACUGUGAGAUUACUGAAAGGAUUCAAUGUCUGUACGCAUUCCAUAUUCAGCAACUGCAUCUAAUGGUUCCACGAUGA